CCAGCGCGUCGUCGACGGGGCGCGGAGCGGCCGGUGGCUUUUGUGGGCGGUCGGCGUCCGCUGCCUCUACUCUUCGCCCUCCGCCCCGACGAGGCGUCCGUGGCCAGGCUUCCGCAGUCAUGCUGCGGUCGGCGCGGCUCGCGCAGCUCCUCUGAGUCCGGGAACGGCGACGAGCACGGCGGGCUCGGGUCGCCAUGCCUACCCGAGUGUGUUGCUGCUGCUCUGCUUUGCGUCCUCGCUACAAACGCCUGGUGGACAACAUAUUCCCUGAAGAUCCAAAAGAUGGCCUUGUUAAAGCUGAUAUGGAGAAACUGACAUUUUAUGCAGUGUCUGCACCAGAGAAGCUUGAUCGAAUAGGUGCCUAUCUGGCAGAAAGGCUGAGCAGGGAUGUUGUCAGGCAUCGUUCUGGAUAUGUUCUAAUUGCUAUGGAAGCGUUGGACCAGCUUCUUAUGGCCUGCCAUUCUCAGAGCAUCAAGCCAUUUGUAGAAAGCUUCCUUCAUAUGGUAGCAAAGCUCCUGGAAUCAGGGGAACCAAAGCUUCAAGUUCUUGGAACAAAUUCAUUUGUCAAAUUUGCAAAUAUUGAAGAAGAUACACCAUCCUAUCAUAGACGUUAUGACUUCUUUGUAUCUCGAUUCAGUACCAUGUGUCAUUCCUGUCAUAAUGAUCCAGAAAUACGAACUGAGAUUCGUAUUGCUGGGAUAAGAGGUAUUCAAGGUGUGGUUCGAAAAACAGUUAAUGACGAACUUCGGGCUACCAUUUGGGAACCACAGCAUAUGGACAAAAUUGUUCCAUCCCUUCUGUUUAACAUGCAGAAGAUAGAAGAAGUUGACAGUCGCCUAGGUCCGCCUUCCUCCCCCUCUGUAGCUGACAAAGAAGAGAACCCUGCAGUGCUCGCUGAGAGCUGUUUCAGAGAACUGCUGGGCAGAGCAACUUUCGGAAAUAUGAAUAAUGCUGUUAGGCCAGUUUUUGCGCAUUUAGAUCAUCACAAGCUAUGGGAUCCUAAUGAAUUUGCAGUUCACUGCUUUAAGAUUAUAAUGUAUUCUAUUCAGGCUCAGUAUUCUCACCAUGUGAUCCAGGAAAUUCUUGGACACCUUGACUCUUGUAAGAAAGAUUCUCCACGGGUUCGAGCAGGUAUCAUUCAGGUUCUGUUGGAGGCUGUCGCUAUUGCUGCUAAAGGUUCUAUAGGGCCAACAGUGCUGGAAGUCUUCAACACCCUGUUGAAACACCUGCGACUCAGUGUGGAGCUGGAAGCCAAUGACAGCCAGCAGGGGUCUGUGGGCAGCAUCCCCUUAAGUUCCAAGGACAAUGAUGAGAAGAUUGUGCAGAAUGCUAUCAUUCAGACAAUAGGAUUUUUUGGAAGUAACUUACCAGACUAUCAGAGGUCAGAGAUUAUGAUGUUCAUCAUGGGAAAAGUGCCUGUUUUUGGAACAUCAACUCAUACUUUGGAUAUCAGUCAACUAGGAGAUUUGGGAACCAGGAGGAUUCAGAUAAUGUUGCUGAGAUCUUUGCUUAUGGUGACUUCUGGAUACAAAGCCAAGACAAUUGUUACUGCUCUGCCCGGGUCGUUUCUGGACCCUCUGUUAUCGCCAUCCCUCAUGGAAGAUUAUGAGCUGAGGCAGUUAGUCCUGGAAGUAAUGCACAACCUCAUGGAUCGCCAUGACAAUAGGGCGAAGCUCCGCGGCAUCAGAAUUAUACCAGAUGUCGCUGACUUGAAGAUAAAAAGAGAAAAAAUUUGUAGACAAGAUGCAAGCUUCAUGAAAAAGAAUGGGCAGCAGCUAUAUAGGCACAUAUAUCUGGGCUGCAAAGAGGAAGACAACGUUCAGAAAAACUAUGAGCUCCUUUAUACAUCCCUGGCUCUUAUAACUAUCGAACUAGCCAAUGAAGAGGUGGUUAUUGACCUCAUUCGAUUGGCCAUUGCUUUACAGGACAGCGCUAUUAUCAACGAAGAUAACCUGCCAAUGUUUCAUCGGUGUGGAAUCAUGGCACUGGUUGCAGCAUAUCUCAACUUUGUGAGUCAGAUGAUAGCUGUUCCAGCAUUCUGCCAGCAUGUUCGCAAGGUUAUUGAAACUCGAACUAUGGAAGCCCCUUAUUUUCUACCAGAGCAUAUUUUCAGAGAUAAGUGCAUGCUUCCGAAAUCGUUAGAGAAGCACGACAAAAGUUUAUAUUUUCUGACCAACAAAAUUGCAGAGUCCCUUGGUGGAAGCGGGUACAGUGUGGAGAGGCUCUCAGUUCCUUAUGUGCCACAGGUGACAGAUGAAGAUCGUCUUUCUAGAAGGAAAAGUAUUGUGGAUACUGUAUCUCUUCAGGUGGACAUUUUAUCCAACAGUGUGCCUUCUGAUGAUGUGGUUAGCAACACUGAAGAAAUUACGUUUGAAGCACUGAAGAAAGCAAUUGAUACCAAUGGAAUGGAAGAACAGGAAAAGGAAAAGAGACGUCUUGUGAUAGAGAAGUUCCAGAAAGCACCUUUUGAAGAAAUAGCAGCACAGUGUGAAUCCAAAGCAAACUUGCUUCAUGAUAGACUUGCUCAAAUACUGGAGCUCACCAUACGCCCUCCUCCCAGUCCAUCUGGAACACUGACCAUUACUUCUGGGCAUGCCCAAUACCAGUCCGUUCCAGUCUAUGAGAUGAAGUUUCCAGAUCUGUGUGUGUAUUGACUGACUCAAUGAAGACUACAGCAUUUAAAAGAAUCUUAAAGCCUGAAACACAAGGCCAAGACAGUUUUCAGGAUUUGCAUAACGCUUACUGACGUGUCCUGAAAUGUGGUGGCAUUUAUCUCUGACCAUACACAUGUCAUUCUGUGUCAAUUGUGAGUACUUCUGAAGGUAGACUUAUGCCACGUUAAUUUGUUUUGAGGUUCCUGUUAGUGCUUAAGAUUGAACAUGUAUUGCUUUCACGUUAUGCCGUUGUUAAAUAGUAUGUUUUAAACUUUGCACAAACAUGAUUUAAAAAAAAAAAAGAUUGAAACUGUA